AUGUCGUUCGCAGAGGUAGCACAGCAGUUUGUGACGUACUACUAUCAAGUCUUUGAUGCAGACCGCUCAAAUCUCAGCGCUCUCUACCGCGAUCAGAGCAUGCUCACGUUCGAGUCAGCCUCCACGCAAGGCACGACGGCCAUCACGGAGAAGCUAAAGGGUCUGCCGUUCCAAAAGGUCCAGCACAACGUCUCUACGCUCGACGCCCAGCCGACAGGGCCAGACCAUAGAUCGAUCCUUGUCCAAGUCACCGGACAGCUUGUCGUUGAUGAUGGCGCGAAUCCGUUGCAAUUCAGCCAGGCCUUUGUCCUCAACCCAGAGGGCAGCUCUUACUACGUCUACAAUGAUGUGUUUAGGCUGGUCUACGUGCGCGCCCCUGAUCCCUCACACCGGCGCGAGGCUGACAGAGGAGCUUUCACAGGGUUAGAGCAUCAGACAAGUCCUGCAACGGGCUGCGCGGUCUGUGCAUGCCGAGAUCAUGCUGAUCAUGCUCCUUCCUGCCAUGCCCUACGUGUAUCGAGUCCUCAGAGAGCUACUUUGCGAAACUCUUGCUUGGGCGCCGGAAUGCAAUCUCUGCUGUGCCAUGCUGACGUCGAUGAGCGUGACCUCCAUCCCAGACUGCUCCAUCGCCAACGACGAGUCACGUCCAGACGACCAGCGAGCCCCGACUAUGUGCCUGCACGAAACCAAAAGUCAGACCCGCAGUCGUCCAAUGAGUACACCCAAAGGUCAGGUGGUCCCAGUCGAAUGGCGAGCAUCGCUGCGAGGAGGGCUGCGCGUCAAGCCCUGCCCAGCGAGGAGGAAGACGAGUUGACAUCCCCCUGGACUCAAGCUGGCGCAGACACACCUUCAGAGUCAUCCUCUGCCGCUUCUUCUGAUUUCGAAGCGGUCGAUCUCGUCGACUCUUCCAGCGAGACCGAGCUCGGCACACGUAUUGGCUACAGAGGUCGCGUUAUCAGCCAGCGAAUCCCCAGUCGGUCAGAAGCAGAACAUGGCAACGUGCAAUCACUCAUGCUGUCGGCCUACCCUGCUCUGUCACCUACAAGUCAGACGCAAGCUCGUAGCUCGAGCCACGCAUCUGCACGAUCUUCUUCGUCGUCUAGAGCGGCCGAUGACGACUCGAGUGCGUUCGACAGCGAUACCAAUUCGACACUGCUCGGAGCAUCUGGCUGGGCAAGGGCCGAUCGGUUUGCAAGCUCUUUGGCUGAGCGUACCUCUGUCGAUCGGGCCGAACCUGCCUUCAGAGGCGAAGCACAGGCAGAGCAGGGCAGGCUCGAAGAAGUCAUCAAGGCAUCUCUUUCGACCUUGCUCACGAUGUCGAAAUCUACUACUGUCUCAUCUCCACUUCACGAGCAGCCCUCCGAUGACAAUGCAGAACGCUCGACGCUCUUUGCUCAUGAUGACUUGCCCAUGCGGCCGUGGCUGAUCCGCAACGACACGCUACGUUCUAGCGCCAUCGUUCCUAGUCAAUCCUUGCGUAGCUCAGCCAUCACGCCUCGGCCAUCGACAGGAACGAACGGGGAUGUCGCAACGCCACACACGGGCUCACAAGCCUUACCUCUUGUCGAUGAUACGACAUCGCCCUCGUCUUCAGACUCGGGCCAGGAACGCCGUCGCAAUCCUUCUCGCACGCGUCAAGCUCGACCACGCCAACGAGCCAGUCGCACGGGCAAGCAACAGCCAAGUCAUCCGCCUCAUGAGCCUGCAGCAAAGUGGUCAGAUUGGCUCAAGCCGUCUAUCUGGAUCGAGGCAGUCUCUUGCAUCUCCUGGCAAGCCAUUGGCGUUAUCAGCCUCGUCUUUGUCACCGGCUCCAUCGUUGGCUUCAGUCUGUCUCGGUAUGAGCGUUUACGAGUAUGGGGUGACCCGCUCAUGUGGCCGCACAGCUCAUUCGUACACUCGCACGCUAAACUGUCGGUGCUCAAUCGUCUUGUCAUCUGA